UAAUUCGUUAAGGAAUUGCAUGUGUUUGCUGCCAUGAACUGAGUUCAUAAAGAUAAGAAGAAACACAGGGCACAUAACAGAGCUCUAAAAUGAGCUGCUCAUUCACCUCCCAAAUCCCACAGGCUCUGCCUUCCCUCAACCGCCCUCGAUGUGUAGCUUCUCCCACAAUCACUUUUAGAAUCAGUCAGUCCCACGAUGCAAAGCCUCAAAAGACAUUCACAAGCAUAAUUCAAAACGACCUACAGAAAUUUGGUUCAGCAAUUCAAGUUGGAGCAGCUUUGGCCACUAUUGAGCUGCCUGCAUUUGCUGUGACUGGUAUGAACUAUGAGGAAGAUUUAUCAUGGACUUUGAUACAAUCCGGAAUCGUGGGCACCUGGUACUUCCUAAUCAUGCCGCCGAUCAUCAUGAACUGGCUUCGGAUAAGGUGGUAUAAGCGAAAUCUCCUAGAGAUGUAUUUUCAGUUCAUGUUUGUCUUCCUCUUCUUUCCUGGUGUACUUCUUUGGGCACCAUUUCUGAACUUCAGGAAGUUCCCAAGGGAUCCAAACAUGAAGUAUCCUUGGUCCAAGCCGGAAGAUCCCGAUCUCGUUAAAGCUGGGUUCUUAAAGUACCCCUUUGCUGAACCUGAAGAAUAUUCAUGAAAAUUGUACAAACAUCUCUUAUAACUUGUAUCAUACA